UUUAUGCCUAAAACAUCCCAUAAAUCCCCCCACACCAUCCCUCCUUAAAAUAUUGGCCAAAAUACAGUUUUGUGGUUUUCCAGAAGCCUCUCAGCUGCACUGCCGAUUAAUUUUGUUUACGGAGCCCGUGCGCUCUGCUGCGCGAAACGUUCCCCUCCCUCACUGCAUUUUACACGGCGCGUCGAGUCGUGCGGAGGGAGCACAGCCUACUGGGUUUAUGGUAAUUGCGGUUGUUCCCCCGACUGGCCUUCUGGGUAGUGUGUGUGUGUGUGUGUGUGUGUGUGUGUGUGUGUGUGUGUGUGUGUGUGUGUGUGUGUGUGUGUGUGUGUGUGUGAGAGAGAGAGAGAGAGAGAGAGAGAGAGAGAGACGAAUCGAGAUCGAGGCAGCGCUCAGCUUUCAUUCCCCGCCGCACGAGCUUACAGAGACACGCACACAUAGAGCAGUCGUGAGAGCGCGCCGUGCGUUAGGGAUAUCGCAUAUCGGAACCGGGACAAACACUAGGCGAAUUUUCCCGUGGACGCCAAAGUCUCGGUCCGUUUGGUAAAAGGUGAGAAAGGGGAAUUCGCGCUGUGCUUUUGUCAGCCGGUGGUACUCAAACGUGCGUGUGAGGACCGGACCGCGUAAACACACACGCGCACACACAUUGCUGUCGUUCUCUCGGCGUAGCUCGUUGUCUCGCCCGAGCCCAACAUGGCGCUGCGAGGCGUCAUUUAACAGACUGAGUUCAGUUCAACCGGAGCCACGGGGAUUUUUCACCACCUGUGCGUUCACGCCAUUCAUGUCAGAGUCGGCGUCCUCUAGCCAACCAAGGGAAUUACGUUUGAACUCCUCUCUAUGGAUGUAUAUGGAUCCUCUACGUGUGCUUACAGUUUUUGUUGGAGUGGAUAUUCAUAUUCGGCAAGUCCGGAGACACUCUGAACUUCUGAAGGACUUUUUUUGAAAACAAAGACAAAACAAGGGUUACCAGAUUAAGUUAUUUAUACGGUAAUGCGGCUUUCAACAGGAGCAGCCGAUCCUCUUUGUUUUAACGGGGAUAUUUGCAUAUCGCAAACAUUACCCGUGCUCUUUAAAGAGUGAAAACUCUCCACUCUUUAGUUCAGAAAAGGAAAAGACAGACAUCAAUACAUUCAGAUUAUUCUUGAGAUGCUGAAGACCAGAGAAUCUGUUGAGAACUAACAGAGAAAUAGAGUCCUCAUUCAAAGCAUGGUGGAUGCGAGCACAGCCUACAGAAUGAACCCUCUCAGUGCGCUCGGCAUCGAUCGGACCAGCCUGAUGCGGGAAAGUCUCCGUGUUCAUGGAGGAAUGGUUUAUCCGACAGGAAUCCGGACCCUACCAACAGAAAAGGGCUUUGUUGGUGACCGAAUUCCAGACCUGCUCUACAAACCAGAUAUGUCUCUCGACACUAGAAAGACCUCAAACAGUUACGUUGGACUUUAUAAGACAUCCCCUCCGGGGAUUCAGAAGACGCUUGUUAUGCCUGGGACGGGUGCAGAUGCUUUAGGGUUGGACAGAUGCAUCAUACAAGCAGACAAAGCUCCCGAACUAAGCCUGAAUGGUGGUAGCUAUCUGCGGGUUCCCUGGAUGAAUCCCUAUCAUGAAGCUGCAAUGUACCCUUUCAUAGACUCCAGUAAAUAUGCUGCUUUAAACAUGUAUAAAGCAUCAAUCUUGUCACAACAGCCACCUUACCUUCCUCAGCAUCUGGCAUACCAGUCUCUAUGUGCAGGUGCAGGAGGAAGUGCAGCUGGUGCCGAGCGCUUAUUCUACAUGCCUCCCUAUCCUCCUACACCCAUAUCUUCACCCCUCGCCCCUCCUCUCAGGAUCCCCACCGCCACUGUCGCCCCUACAGCACUGUCACCGAUGAUGCACCACCAGGACAAAUCCAUGCAGAGCAUGGGCCCACGGAUUCACCACGAGCCCUCUGCAUUUGGGCAACAGAACAUACAUCAGCAGACCCAGGCUCACCACCAGUCAUCUAGUGACCGGCAGCACAACAGCAGUGGAAACAGUGCCAGCCACAGCAAAUCCAACCGGACCCCAUCCAGCAAAAACACGAGCAGUACUAGCAGUAAUGUAAGCUGCAGUAGCAGUGUUGGAGUUAGCAGCAACUCCAGUUCCAUAUCAGUAGACACAAUGCAACCUCCCCGUCCAACACCACGCCCCCCUCAGCCAUCUGCAGCUCCACCCCCUCCACCUCUUGUGGACAGCACUGUUGAGUUUCAAAAGCCUGUUUACAGGAGUCCUUCCUCAUCUUCCUCAUCCUCUCCAUCAGUUGCUCACCCUACGUACAUUACCAACAUUUCCCAGGAGCUACGCUCCCCAAUUCGGCCCGUUACCCAGAAACCUAAAGCCAAAGAGGAGUCGACCAGAGGUACAGGAAAUGAAAGAAAAGGCAGCAGCUCACCUGUUAAGAUCUCUUCUGAGAAACCACCUGAAAAACACGGCCCUGUUACCAAAGACCCAGCAGAUAAGCCUUUAGACCUAUCUGCUAAAAUCAUGGACUUUGAAGGACCUCCCAAUGGAUAUCAAUCCAAAUUAGAGGCCUUAGCUAAACUUGGUUAUUCCCCCACCUCUCGUUAUGGGCUUCCCCCAAACAGGGAGCUUUUGAAAGAAACUCUUUCUCCGUCAUCCUCUGCCGUUAGCACUUCUAAAACUCCAGAAAGACCUGAGAUAAUUAGCACUUUGUCAUCUUCAUGGGUGGUGCCAAGUCCUACCCAGACAGUCAACUCUGAGGCUAUUCAAAGCAAAGGCUCCAAUAUCAUAAAGAACAAGAAUCUUGAGCAUGUAGUGCCACAGUCAAGAAGUUCCUCUUGUCCCAGAAUUGAUGACCAAAACAAUGUCUCAGUCCCAAAUUCUGCCCCUGUUGUCAUAACUACAACAUCUCGGCCAUCAUCUGCCUCACCGUCCCCCAAGGUGAAUGGUGAAUGGACAAAGUCAAUUCCCACCCCACCAGAAAAGACUCCAACUAAUAACCAUGGUCACCCCUCAGCUACAAAGCCCUCAAAAACACAAAAAAAAACUGAAAUGCCUGAAAUUGGCUUCAAGCACCAGCAGUCACAUUUAGAGAACGGACAUGCACCAAGCCACCUCUACAUGACUCAUGGUGAAACAUAUCUUCCUCCCAGCUUAGCAUAUACUAGCAGAUAUCUUUCAUAUCCAGUACCUGAGAGUCUGUCUCUCCCUCACUUGCAGUUGCCUGGAAAAGGGCCAGUGUACCCUCACCCGGGUUUUCUCGGCACUAACAGUCUGUAUUCAGCACGUUUGCCACCCAAACACGGUCUCCCUUACGGAAUCCCACCUAGCCAUGGAGAGUAUCUGACCUACCACGACUCACAAGAGAUGGUUCACCCACUAAUGUCUCCCCACCUGCCCUUGGACCACAAAGUUUCUGAGCGUCUAGAACUGAGACACAGGCCUUUGGAAAAGCCUUGGCACCACGACGAGCCUCCAUAUAAGCGCCAGAGCAUCGCAGAGACCGAAAUGGGUUACAAAUCUGAGAGGCAAGAAUUUCACAGCUCUAGGACUCCGAGCAAGCAUCACAUAGUGAAUAAGGAGGAGAUUGUCUGCAUUGACCUGGUCCACGAUGACACAGAUGGCAGUCCAGAGCCAGACAAACAUAGUGUCACUGAUGCCAAAAGCAAAGAGCCAGCUAAGCCAGUCGGCAGUGGGACUGGGAAGGAGAGUGGCAGUAAUUCUGAAGGUAAGGAGCCAGAGCUCAUGCAGAUCUUGCGUUCCGGCCAGCCCGCCAUAUCCAGGCCAGCUGAGUCAGAGUGGCAGCCAGAGGUAUGCAGUUCACCUCGGCCUCAGACGCAGGCUGACUCCCCUGUGCAUAGCCAGGGUGAGGAGAGCUCAUCUGAGCAUAGCCCACUACCAGACAUGUUGGAGGAGCAGACGUUGCGGUGUGCCAGAACAUCAGGCGAAAGGGCUCGGGCCGAUGGAGCAGAAUUCAAAGUUGAUCGGCACCAUGCUAAUCGACAAUAUGUGGAUGUGGGCAAGGAUAGGGCAGACGACGAGUCCCAUGAGGACGAGGAAGAAGAACAUGGAUUGUCUAAAAACAAGAGAUCCAGCCUGGCCAAGAGAAUAGCCAACUCAUCAGGCUACGUUGGCGACCGCUUCAAAUGCGUCACAACCGAGCUGUAUGCGGACUCUAGCAAACUGAGCCGGGAACAGCGAGCGCUGCAGAUGGAAGGAUUAUCACAAGAGGACAGUAAUUUAAGUCAACCAGCUGCGUUCUGGGAGCGUGCGAUGAUCCGUUUCUCGGAGCUGGAGCUGAAGGAAAAGGAGGGGUGCGUGUCGUCUGCGGUGCCCGGACCGGGGAGAGAUCGGGAGCGAGAAAGGGAGUUGGCAGAGAGCCAGCUCGGAGAGGGAGACUGGGAACGGAGCCAGCCGAGCUCCAGGCCCUCCGCAGCCCUUUCAGUCCUCUCCGAUCACACGGAGCAGCACAACGGUGUGACGCCCACGUGUGCAAACAACAGAGUUCCCGUGCUCCAGCGGUGCGGCUUGCCUGCCGACGUCUCGCAGUCCCAUCGAGUGGAAGAGAAGAGAGCGAGGGAUGUGAAGGGGGAGGAGGAGGGGUCUGUUGGCACGGCGACGAGCAGGAAACGUGCACUUGGUUUGGAGCUGAGCCAAGGCCACCCUGAUUGCACGCGCGCCGCAGAGGAGGGAGAGAGACGGUCGAGAGAAGAGGACGAUAACUGUACCGCAGCAAAGAGGGCAAGACUGAUUUCAGACGCGUGGCCGCAGCCCUCCGAGCAGGAAGUCAAGAAUCUGAAGGUGUGUAUCGAGCUGACAGGUCUUCGGCUGAGUAAACCCCGCCACCUCCAUAAUCUCCAGGAUCUGUGGGAUAGACAGGGACAGAUUAACCAUGACAGGCCUCAAUUCGGAGCUCCCAACCCAGGAUUCCCUCUCACAUCCAAAGCCUCUCUUCCACCGUUGCAAAGCAGCAGGAGGGAAAAGGUCGACCCCUGCCCCCCAGAGAUCCAGAGAGUCGCACCCGGUGCCCCUGCCGUAGAUCGAAAGAUCAAGACAAACGGAUUGGAAGAGAAGGCGGUGAAGAGGAAAGGAGAGCCGGAAAGAGGAUGGACUAAGGAGCAGCUGGAAAAUGCAGAAUCUGACACGGCCAUUCCUGUCCUCUCCGACGGCUUCAGUGGAGAUGCCUCCAUACGUAAAUUUUCCUCCCCACCUCAGUCACAUUUCUCGGACAAGCGACAGCGGUUCAAGGAGCAUCGCAAGUCCACCGGUUCCUCUUCGCCUUCCCAAGACUCUGAUGGCACCUUUCCGUCUCGCUUGCGACGCCACGGCGACCCUGAAAAGCCAAAGGGCAAGCGGCAAUGCAAAACCAAGCACAUCGGCCUGCAGGAGCGCAGGAUGCUGUUGCAGUCCACCAAUGAGGACUGCCCUGAACUCAGCCCCGAACUCAGCCCCGCCCACCAACACAAGCAGGCGCUGAAACGUUCUGCCCAGAAGCGGCCAGCAUCGCUCUCCGAUUACGAGUCCUCUCCGGUAAAAGCCCGCCUCCCUUCCCCUGCCUACCAACCAGCCGCACCCCCGAGCCCACCAUGCAUCGUCCCAGAAACGCCAACACCUCCAGCUGCCCCCGUGCCUCCGGUGCCGGCCGAGACAUUGGCCAGCAGGCCCAUGCCACCCGAAGCACGCCGACUCAUCGUCAACAAGAAUGCAGGCGAGACUCUGCUGCAGAGAGCUGCACGUCUGGGAUAUGAGGAUGUGGUUUUGUACUGUCUGGAGAAUAAAGUGUGUGACGUGAAUCAUCGUGAUAAUGCGGGUUACUGCGCUCUCCACGAGGCCUGUUCCCGCGGCUGGCUCUCCAUCGUGCGGCACUUACUGGAGCACGGGGCCGACAUCAACUGCAGCGCGCAAGACGGCACAAGGCCUCUCCACGACGCUGUCGAGAACGAUCAUUUGGACGUGGUACGUCUGUUGCUUUCGUACGGCGCCGAUCCGACUCUAGCUACCUACUCCGGCCGCAGCCUGCUGAAGAUGACCCACAGCGACAUAAUGGAGUGUUUUUUGUCCGAUUACUUUGCCGACCUCCAGGGCAGAGCGGACGAUGACCCCGGUGUGUACUGGGAAUUUUACGGCAGCGCAGUGUGCGAGCCUGCCGACGACUCCGGUUACGAUAUCCUGGCCAACCCUCCAGGACCCGGCGAAGACGAGGACGAACAGAGAGAAGUGUUCGAGUUCGAAUUCUCCGACCGGCCGCUGCUGCCGUGCUACAACAUCCAGAUUUCUGUCUCACAAGGGCCGAGAAACUGGCUGCUGCUUUCGGAUGUGCUCAAGCGUCUGAAGAUGUCCGCCCGAACAUUUCGCACCACGUUCAUGCACGUCGAGGUGGUGACGAUAGCCGAGGCGGAGUUCUACAAGCAGGCGUCUCUGAGUCAGCUCUUCUCAUGUCCGGAGGAGCUUGACGGAUUCAUGCCCGACAGCAAGGAACUCUUAGAUCUGGUGGAAAUAAGCGCCGAGCUGGUGGCGCUGUUGGGGUCGUCGGUCGAAUGCCUUGACGACCGCUGGGAGCCGACAUCCAGAGCUCACUCAUGAACUUGUGCACGCACACACAUAUGACGGACCCUUGGACACCCAAGGAGCACUAGAAUUAAAGGACGAGGAUGUUCUAGGACUUUCUGGGAAUUUAUUUGACUGGGAGACCGUUUGGUCUCAACGCAGAAGAAGAUUCCGUUCGGCUACGAAAAGGUUUCGGAACGUCUCGAUGCAAACCUGUACAUACUGUACAUUGUGCAAAUAGAGAAAGAGGAGACGAGAUUUGGAACGCUGUCUCUAACUAGGAGAUACGAAGCCAUGCUCGAAACAAGACACUCUUUCGUAUAAAAGAGAUGUUUUUUUUAAAUCGGAAUAUAACUAUAUAUACAGUCACUGUAUUUUAUUUGUGUGUAUUAUAAAUAGAUAUAAAUAUAUAUAUAUAUAUAAUAUAAAUAUAUGUACGCUGCCUUUUUGUCUUGUUUAGUCAGGUCUUUAUUUUAUAAUUGAAUGUUCCGAGGUGUAAAUAUGUUGGAAUCUGGGUUUUAAUCGUGGAAGAAGCAGCUCACACGAGGCCGAAAGCCACUUCAUCAGGAGUUCAUAAGCGCACGUCGUCUGUGAUUCUUUGAUGGACGUUUUUAUGGCGUCGACCAGUAACCGGGAUUUUUUCGGUCUCAGUGUUAAACUCUAAACUACAAAGCCGGGUCGUACUCUGUACGCGGGCGGUUUGGCUUCGACUACAGUCUCUUAUUUAUGAGUAGGAAUUAAGAUAUUUUAAUGUGGCUUUUCAUUUGUAAGAUAUUAAAGUAAUUGUAAAAUACUAAUCUGACGCUUUGUUAGGCAAAGACAUGCUUGAACUUGUAAAUAACGGGUUGACUAUUUCAGUAACAUGUUUCUGACGUGUGUUGUUAUUGUUUUUCGAGCAGUGUUUGGACUUUGUAAUUACAUACGCUAUCAUUUGUAUUUAUAUUUUACCAAAAAAAGUUCCUUUAAAUAAAUGGCAAUAAAAGAUCUUGUACAUCU